CGUCAGGCGCGCCGGUGUCCGUUCCUCCUAUUUCUGCAAGUGCCGAAAAAUAUCUGUUUGUGUGGAUAAUUCUAAGCUAAUUAAGAGAUAUGUGGUGGUUUGUGGUGACGGUGCUGGUAGUGCUGUUGACAGCGUUGAUAUUGCACGUUUGGAGGAAACAGCAUUACUGGCAGAGGAGAGGAGUACCCGUGCUGCCGUACCUGCCUCUGGUUGGACAUACCAUGUACAACUUGAACGUGUUCAAAGUGGGGCACCUUUGGAGGUAUGAGGAAUACCUGAAGUCUCGCGAAGAAAGAUACGUCGGGACUUACGAUUACCUCACGCCUUCUUUAUCGAUACAAGACCCGCAACUUAUCGUCUCGAUAUGCAUUAAGGAUUUUGACCACUUCGUCGACCGCCGCAACAUGGACAUGACAGGCACAGAUACUGAGGUGAUGAACGACAUUCUCACUAACGCAACAGGGAAUCACUGGAAGCACAUCCGAAACCAGCUCACUCCCACUUUCACCUCUGGCAAGAUGAAGGAUAUGUUCCACCUCGUCCAGGAACAAUCGAAUACUUUGAUGAGCAGCUUGAGACAGCGCAGAGAUGCGAAUUUUCUUGUGGACGUCAAAGAAAGCUUCAACAGCUUCACCAUGGAUGUAAUAGCUUCUUGCGCUUUUGGUCUGGAGACGAACACGUUGCGUGGCGAAAACAAGGAAUUCAUAGAAAAAGCAGCAGAUAUGUCCAAAAUUACAUUUAAGCAAAUGGUAAAGUUUAUCUCGUUCGUGCUAUUCCCAAAACUGGUAAAGUUUUUGCGUAUCAGCUUGGCAUCUCCUUCCUUGAUUUAUAUGGAAAAAGUGGUUCGGGAUGCAAUGGAUGCCAGGACCAAAGGAGUUCGCCGAGGUGACUUUUUGGACCUGCUGCUGGAUGCCAGGGAAUCGACGAAGGAGCAGGAGGGCGAGGUCGAUCCCAAGGGGGCGAAAAAAGGUGGAUUGAAGGACUCGACCAUCGUGGCGCAAUGCGUCCUCUUCAUCCUGGCGGGCUACGACACCACAGCCAACACCCUCUGCUUCGCCGCAGCGCUUCUCGCCCGCAACCCUCAAUGUCAGGCUCGUCUCAGGGCGGAGGUCGCGGCCAGAAUUGAGCGUAACGAGGGCGGCAAACUCACCUACCAGGACGUCAUGGAGUGCAAGUACCUCGAUGCUGUACUCAGUGAAACGCUGCGCAUGUAUCCUCCGGCGCACCUGCUGGAGAGGAAAUGCACCAAGGACUACAGCGUGCCCGACUCGGACGUGAAGAUCCCGCAGGGCAUGUUCGUGACCGUGCCCGUGUACUCGCUGCACCGCGACGAACGCUACUUCCCCGACCCCGACACCUUCCUACCCGACCGCUUCAUGCCCGCAACUAAGAACGACAUCCCGUCGGGGGUGUACCUUCCCUUCGGUAUUGGCCCCCGUAUGUGCAUCGCGGAACGCUUCGCUCGCAUGGAGGCACGACUCGCACUCGCUGACCUCAUCAUGAACUUUGACCUCUCAGUCGAGCCGGGGUCAGAGGAGCUCAAAGUCGCUAAGGCGGCGUUGAGCAUCCUGCGACCUGAUCCUGCGAGCCUGAACCUUAUCUUGAGGGACACGGCAUCGAGUGUGGCGGGUGCCACAGGCGCUGCCUAGAGUGCCACAGGUGCUGCCUAGAGCCACAGGCGCUCCCUAGAGUGCCAAGGCGCUGCCUAUAGUGCCAAGGCGAUGCCUAGAGUGCCAAGGCGCUGUCUAGAGUUCCACAAGCGCUGCCUCGGAUAUUCUGAGUUCUACCUAAAUUCUUGAUUUUCGCCUCCGUUUUGAUUAAUUUCUUAUUGCGAAAUAUUUUUAAUUCAUUAUGCCGGGCCUCUGACGCGGACUAUGGUCCACAGCCAGAGACACGACUUGAGUAAUGUGUUGCCUUUUGUGGUCGUCGAGGCUGCUAUGUUCGUCAUGGGUGAAGUGAUUGCUCGGAUAAAUUAUGUUGCUUUAAUAAUUAUGCUAAUAACCUAUUGGACCACAUAGUAUGUUGUACUACGUACUAUAUGUUGUACCGUAACCUGACGCUGACAUGGCUUGCUGCGAGUAUCGUGAAUCCAUGGGCACCAUCCCGCGUAUGCGAUCCCGACAGUUAUAUGAAUACCAAGAACGUAAAGGUUGAUGGUUGUGUACCGUGGUGUCUCGAAGGCCAAUAGGUAAUUAGACGGUCAGUGCAGAGAGCCCUCAUAUGGGUCGUUCCAACGGUGGCUACGUAGUUAAUGUUAUGCAAAGAUGCCGAAAAAAUUGAUAUGAUUAAUUGAAACCCCCAACAAGCAUUGAAAUAUCUUCCAGUAUGGUAAUGGUCAAUAAAAAGCAUGCUACUAAAUAGUUCUGUUUUAAAGACGUUCCUCCAUAAUUCUUAAUAUACGACAAUUUAUUUCUUAGCGACCAUCACAAUUGGAUGACGGCCGACCGUUAGAUGCUCGAUAUACGAGCGGCCGUAAGACCGUUAAGUGAACAUCUUGUGAUUAGUCUACUCAUGUCUUUGAAGUUUAAUUAAAACAUUAAUUAUUAAGAUCUCAUGACGACGUCUUUUCAGCGACGUUCUUGGUGGCAUCACUCGGCGGAAUCGCAAAUUCCGAUCGCGUGCAUGAUUACGAAGAGAUAAGAAAAAUUAGUAAGACGAAUAGUGUAGAUUACAAGACUAGAAAUUAAGACAGAAUAUAGAGCAUGUCGCGCCGGAAGAAAACUUUACAUUAUCAAAAAGAUGUUCGGCAUUUCCAAGAUUUGCUGUGCGCUUUGGCCCAAAUGCGUUGAGGGGGAGCGUCUGGGCAAGAUUUUUGGCUCUUUCGGUUUUUAUACUCAUCUUAAAUCUUACAUUCUGACGCAUCCAAUGGUACCAAAACCAUAUCUGUACGUUGAUUUAUGCGUUCACUACAGAUCCUGUAAGGGGCGGGGUGGUGUCCGGGCCUCUUCAGUAAAGUUAAGGCGGAAAUUACUCAGCCGGGCACAAUAAAGGGGAUCGUCUGACGCAAAGCGGCCAAUUAUGACAUUCUCCAGCUCUUAUACUCAUAUUAAAGCUGCUUUUCUGACGCAUUUAACGGUACCAAAACCAUCUCUGUACGUUGAAUAAUGCGUUCACUAGAGAU